AUGAAUUCACCUGUUUUUCUGUGGGUUCUUGUUACUGCACUUCAUAUUUUUGGAAUUUCUUGCAGCUUCGAACAACGUUACAUGCAGGGUGCUAUUAAAACAGUUUUGGAUCACAGGCUUAAUGGCCACCAGAUUAGGACUCUAAACGGUUCUACAUCAUUGUCUUGCGCUCAUUCGUGCUUGAUGGAGACCAGAUGCGUGUCCACGAACUUUGGAAUUUCCUCAGCGGAGAAUAAGCUCUUGUGUGAGUUAAAUGACCACGUUGAUUCCUUAAUUUCCGGCGAUGAAUUGAUGUACGCGGAAGGAUUUACAUAUUCUGCCUACUCUCCAGUGUUUCAAAGUAGUAUCAACGUUAUGGACGAAUGCGACCAGAUGGUCUGUCUCAAUGGAGGCCUCUGCAAUUACAACAACGACAAACAAAAAUGUCGGUGCAAAUGCAAACUUCCGUGGUUUGGGGACAGGUGCGAAAAGAAGAUAGCAAAGGUUUUCCUUGUUGUGUUGUUAGAUAUCGAAUAUCAUUUCACUACACUGGGUGCAACGGGUAAGUCUGGGCCAGUAAAUAACGCGCUGUACCAGGGUACAUCACUGGAGGGGAUUUUAGUGAAAGACGGUUUGCAAUCAUGGGACAUUCCUUUGUCGGCCACGUAUUACCUCGAGUUAUGCGGAGCUACAGGUGGGAAUCACGAGGGAUUUAAUACCAUCGGUGGUAAAGGAGCAAAACUAAAUGGGACGGUCCAUCUUCAACAGGGAAUACAGCUGACAAUUUUAGUAGGGCAGCGAGGCAAACGGGGUGGAGGUGGCGGAGGAGGAACUUUUGUUGUUUUGGCAGGCAAUGGCAGUCCAUUGGCUGUGUCUGGCGGGGGUGGCGCAGCUGACUUGGUAGAUGGUGAUCCUGGUCAGGCCGGGUUGAGUGGUAGCGUCAAUCCUGGGGGAAAAGGAAAGGGAGGGAAGGUCUGCAUGUCGGGGAAUGAUGCAGACUUAGGUGGUGUUGGAGGUGGUGGAGGUCUUCUCACGGAUGGGCGCUGCUAUAGGGCGUCCAGUUGUAACAAACCAUGUGACCAGAAAGAUGGAGGCAAAUCUUUUCAAACAGGAGGAAGGGGUGGAUACAGCAUAAUAAACAAGUGCACAGGAGGAUUCGGUGGCGGGGGAAAUUGUGGAGGAGGGGGUGGAUACUCUGGUGGUGGGGUGCAAGUCGAUGGCAAGAGUAAGAACCUUGAUCUUCAUGCCGGAGGAGGCGGGUCUUUUAUCCCGCCUGAUGCUAACUGGACGGCGGUGUCUGGAGGAUGUCCUUACGGCGAUGGUUAUGUUUUGUUUAAAAUUGUAGCAAUCGAUUGAUUAUAUGAUUUGGAAGAACAUGGAUUUUAACAUUAGUGGAUUUAGAGUGAAGUUGUUAAAUGUAACUUACAGGCUAUGGUCCAUGAGAAGUCUAAUACAAGUUUUCAUUAUUGCAAAAACUCUUCUAAAGAACUGAGAUUUGAAAGUGAGUCCCGCAUGUCUUCAAUUAAGGCUUUGUGGCAACAGUGGAUAUUUCAGUGUCCUCUCGAGCACAGGGCAUGCUUGCAAACGCAUUUUUGGUACCUGUUUGCAUAGUGUAGGAUUUCAUUCACGUACAGCGAAUUUAAGGGUGCCCCGCGGAAAAUUAUUCAUGAUUUCACUAUUUCUCCCCCAAAUUAAAAUAGACAGAACGUGAUGCAGUGAGAGUGGGUAGCGUCACACAAGCGUAUCAUGACGAAAUGCGACAUGACAUUUUUCCUGAUUUUUUUUCCUUUUAGAUAGGUUAUCUCAUUGAUUAAUUUGGACGAUAAAACCUAUGGAAGAAAUUUUUUUUCUUUCCUGUCCUUCCUGACCCUGGUGGUUUGACUCCGUGAUGAAAAGUUUCGUCUUAGCUGAGUGCACUGAUGCAUUCAGCGUUGAGCACAAUUUCGCUGACUCAUAAGAAGGAUGCGUUUUCACAUUUCGUAAUCAAAACCGUCAAAUUAAUUGAACAAAAACAAGCAAACAGGUUGCCUCUCAAAAACAAGCUUUUUCCGACCUCACAAUAUCAGCAAUGAGUUUUUUGAGGAGUCUCGGUCAUUAACCGUCGAAAAGUAUGAAUUGUCAGUUAGUUUUGAUGUUUGUUUGUACUCUUACUAAGUAGUAAAAAGAGUAGCAAAAGCUCAAGUAUUUUUUGUGUUCCAUGUACACGAAACAGUCGAGCGCACGUUGGUUCUUGACUUCAAGCUUGGUUUCUGGCCUCGCAUCAUCAAUCAGUGACAAAGUUAAUUAAAAAUGAUUUAUAGGUC